CUUAAUUGCCCACACAAUCAUAAAACAGAGCACCCGUUUUUGGCAAAUUGUUCCUCUUCUGUAACUCCUCCACGUCCGUACUGCGUCUACCAUGACCAACCGUUCGUGAUCUCCUCUGACUCCGUCGCCCAAUCACACGUUGCCAAACGGCGAUUCACCAAUGGCUCUUGCUUCUUCUCCCGCUCUCUGAUCACGAGCGUCCCUUCCUCCCUCACGGCGUAAAUGAGACGCUUAAUCCGCCGGAAAACUAUCGUGGAAAGAAUUUUCAGACGAAACCACCUGAGGAAACAGAAGGACGACGACGAUGUCUUUCUUCUUCGGUUUCUUCGUCGGAGUGUCCAUUGGGAUCGGUCUCAUCGUCGCUUUAGCUCGUUACGAGUCCGUCCGAUCCGCUCGCCGCUCCGCCUUGGCGAAGACGGUGGCAGCGUUUGCGAGAAUGACGGUACAGGACUCUCGGAAAAUUCUCCCGGCGGAGUUUUAUCCGUCGUGGGUAGUAUUCUCUAAUAGACAGAAGUUGAAUUGGCUUAAUCACCAGCUAGACAAGAUUUGGCCCUACGUCGAUGCGGCAGCGUCGGAACUGAUAAAGAACAAUGUGGAGCCGAUUCUGGAAGAGUAUAGACCAGCUAUUCUCUCAUCUCUCAAGUUCUCCAAGUUGACUCUUGGCACUGUAGCUCCCCAGUUCACAGGAAUUAGCAUAGUUGAAGAGGAAAGUGGCUCAGGAGGUGUGACAAUGGAGUUAGAGAUGCAAUGGGAUGGCAAUCCUAAUAUUGUGCUUGAUAUCAACACUAGAGUUGGUGUUGCUCUUCCUAUACAGGUAAAAGAUAUUGGAUUCACUGGGGUUUUCAGGUUAAUCUUCAAGCCACUUGUUCCCGAGUUCCCUGGUUUUGCAGCUAUUUCUUAUUCACUAAGGGAAAAGAAACAAUUAGAUUUUAGGCUUAAAGUAAUUGGAGGCGAGAUAUCAUCAAUACCCGGGUUAUCUGAUGCUAUUGAGGAAACUAUAAAGGACGCCAUUGAAGACUCCAUCACAUGGCCAGUCAGGAAAAUCGUACCAAUUCUGCCUGGUGACUACGAUGACUUGGAGCUUAAGCCAGAAGGAAUACUGGAUGUGAAACUAGUCCAAGCCAAAGAGCUAUCAAACAAGGACGUCAUCGGGAAAUCAGACCCUUUUGCCGUUGUAUUCAUCCGUCCACUGCGUGACAGAACGAAAACCAGCAAAGUUAUAAACAACCAAUUGAACCCCAUUUGGAACGAGCACUUCGAGUUCGUUGUCGAGGAUGCAUCCACUCAGCAUCUGACGGUCAGAGUGUUCGACGAUGAAGGGAUUUCGGCGGCUGAACUCAUUGGCUGUGCUCAGGUGGCGUUGAAAGAUCUCGAGCCUGGUAAAGUCAAGGACGUCUGGUUGAAACUGGUCAAAGAUUUGAACAUCCAGAGAGACAACAAGUACCGAGGAGAGGUGCAUCUGGAGCUGCUAUACGUUCCUUAUGGGAUGGACAGCAGCUUGAAGAACCCAUUCAACCCGGAUUUCCAACUGACGACGUUAGAGAAGACGAUCAAGGGCGGGAACGAAGCUGGCGAGGAGCCAAGCCUCGCCUCGGCCGCAUCUAGAAAGAAUGUGAUCGUGAGAGGAGUUCUCUCAGUGAAUGUGGUGGCCGCCGAGGACUUGCCGGCGGUGGAUGUGAUGGGGAAGGCCGAUCCUUAUGUUGUCCUCAUCAUGAAGAAAUCCGACGCAAGAGCCAAAACCAGGGUCGUGCAAGAGAGCUUGAAUCCUGUGUGGAACCAGACGUUCGACUUCGUCGUGGAAGAUGCACUCCAUGAGAUGCUGAUGCUGGAGGUGUGGGAUCAUGACACUUUUGGAAAGGACAAAAUUGGAAGAGUGAUAAUGACGCUGACUAGAGUAUUGAUGGAAGGGGAGUUCCAGGAUUCGUUCCCGGUGGAUGGUGCAAAAUCUGGGAAGCUUUUCUUGCACCUCAAAUGGACUCCCCAGCUUAAAUUUCGCGACCCUUGAAUUCAAUCGAAAAAAACCACCUUGGACUCCUCUUUUUCAUUUGCAUUCAUACCUGCCAUAUUCACCUCUUAAUCUUUUUUUCAUACUCUUUUUUGUUUUCAUGAUGAUAAUGCGGAAAGUUCUCUUGUUCAUAGGAGUUACGUAGUUGUAAAGAAACUUACGGUAAGAAAAGAGAGUAAACCAAAUCUUUAACGUUUUUCUACUUUCGAUCGAUGUUGGAAUUUGACAUGUAUUUUAUAAUAAAAUUGAAAGAAAAAU